AUGCGACAGCGCGCUGUAAAGAGCGACGUGGACGAUGGCGGCUUGGCUACGAAUGGUACAAAUGGUAGUUUCAUCCAUGGCUCAGCACGUCGUGUGCUAAAGAAAGUGGAUGUGUAUCCUAAAAUGCAUCGGGAAUUUAAAGUACAGACUGAAUUUGGAGCGACAGUCUCAAUUAUCGCAGGCAUUGUCAUGAUUAUACUGUUUUUAUCGGAAUUGAACGCGUAUUUGAGUAUCAAUACACAUGAACAUAUGAUUGUAGACUCUACACUUGGUGAAAAGCUGCAAGUGAAUCUCGAUGUGAGCUUUUUAGCCAUUAAUUGUCGUGAUGCAGAGAUCAAUGUUAUGGAUGUGGCUGGUGAGCUGCAGCUGAAGACUCGUGAGACAGUGAGAAGGACACGAUUGGAUGCCAAUGGUCAAUCCAUUGGAGACCCUAUGUCUACAGAUAUGGACGUCAAGACAGAGAUGGCUGAGGGAUAUUGUGGCAGUUGCUACGCUGCAACACAUCCAUCCGGCAAGACCUGUUGCAACACGUGCGAGGAAUUGAAAGAGGCUUUUAUUUCCAGCGGUCGUUCACUUGAAGAUGCUGAUGAGAGGGAACAGUGCAAGCGCGAGAUUGUGGGAGUGAAGAAACUUGCACAGGAUGGAGAAGGGUGUCGAUUUACAGGCAAAAUGUUUGUAAACCGUGUAGCAGGUAACUUCCACGCUGCACUUGGACGCACGUUCCACCGUGAGGGAAAGAUGGUUCACCAGUUUAGACCCGGACAGGAGUACUAUUACAAUUCAAGCCAUAUAAUUCAUAGCUUGUCGUUUGGUGAGCCAAUGCCUAGUGUCAUGGGCGCUCUUGAUGGGGUAUCGAAGAUCAUGGCGCAUACUGGGGGCGUGUUUCAAUACUAUAUCAAGAUUGUGCCUACGAUCUUCAGCGACAUUGACAAAAACACUAUUCACUCAUAUCAGUUUUCGGUAACCCAACAAAGCAGCUAUAUGUCCCUGAGCGGACGCAUGACGUCACUUCCAGGAACUUUCUUUGUGUACGAUUUUUCUCCUUUCAUGGUGAAGGUCGAAAAUGACCGUAUGCCAUUCACUCACUUUUUGACCAAGAUUUGUGCUAUCGUCGGUGGCGUUAUUUCAAUUGCAGGCUUUGUGGACUCAUUCAUGUACAACUCACUGCAUGUGCGCCGUCGUCCAACCACAGGAAGCGGGGUUAGCAAGCACGGUUAA